AUGUCGGCCCUUGAUACCCCGCCCGCCAUUGAAGGUGUGGCUAAGCCGUAUGACCAAUUGAUCCUCUUCGGCGACUCCAUCACCCAGAUGUCCUAUAACCAGGAAGUUGGGUUUGGAUUCGGUGCUCAGCUGCAAGAAGUUUACGCCCGCAAGCUGGAUGUCAUCAACCGAGGCUUUUCCGGAUAUACCACGGCGCAUGCGAUCAAGAUUUUCCAUCAAUUCUUUCCUUCGCCCCAGACCGCCAACGUUCGAUUGAUGACUAUCUUUUUUGGUGCUAACGACGCAUGUGUUCCCGGUCAUAACCAACAUGUUCCUUUGGAAACCUACAAAGAGAACCUGAAGAAGAUCAUCCAACACCCCGCUACGCGAGCUCAGAACCCUCGCAUUAUCAUCAUCACCAUUCCACCCGUCAAUGAGUACCAACUUGAGAAAUUCGAUAAUGAUAAGGACACGCCGCACCCUAGUCGAACUGCUAGCCUUGCCAAAACAUAUGCGACGGCGGCCCGUGAAGUUGGGGCCUCACUGAAUGUCCCCGUAGCAGAUGUCUGGUCUGCAUUCAUGGCUACCACUGGUUGGAAAGAGGGCCAACCGUUAGCUGGAUCUCGGGAUCUACCCAACAGUGAAGAAUUUAGCGGCCUAUUCACCGACGGUCUGCAUCUCACUUCUGCAGGCUACCGCAUUGUCUUCGAAGAAGUUAUCAAGACAAUCCAAACCAGUUGGCCUGAUCAGGACCCUGAGACUCUUCCUAUGAACUUCCCUCCUUGGUCUGAAGCCCCGAAAUGA